AAGCAGUCAGCUGAGUGGCAGCCAUUUUGUGUGUCCGUGUCCGGUGACAGGAGAGUCCGGAGGGGCCCUUAGCCGGUGUGCAGACAUGGCGCUCCGUAUGGUGAAGGGCAGCAUUGAUCGAAUGUUCGAUAAGAACCUGCAAGACCUGGUGAGAGGGAUCCGGAACCACAAGGAGGAUGAGGCAAAAUACAUCUCUCACUGCAUUGAUGAAAUCAAGCAAGAACUUAAACAGGAUAAUAUUGCAGUGAAAGCCAAUGCCGUCUGUAAGCUGACAUAUUUGCAAAUGCUGGGCUAUGACAUCAGUUGGGCUGCGUUUAAUAUCGUUGAAGUAAUGAGUGCAUCAAAAUUCACUUUUAAGAGGAUUGGAUACUUGGCUGCUUCUCAAUGCUUUCAUGAAGGGACUGAUGUCAUUAUGCUGACCACAAACCAAAUCAGGAAGGAUCUCAGUAGUCCUAAUCAAUAUGAUACAGGUGUUGCCCUGACUGGCUUAUCAUGCUUUGUAACCCCAGACCUGGCCAGGGAUUUAGCCAAUGAUAUUAUGACAUUGAUGUCCCAUACAAAGCCGUACAUCAGGAAAAAGGCAGUUUUGAUAAUGUAUAAAGUUUUUCUGAAAUACCCUGAGUCUUUACGUCCAGCAUUCCCAAGGCUCAAAGAGAAACUAGAGGACCCUGACCCUGGGGUUCAGUCUGCUGCAGUGAACGUUAUUUGUGAACUUGCACGUCGAAACCCUAAAAAUUACCUGUCCUUGGCCCCCUUAUUCUUUAAACUCAUGACAUCAUCUACGAACAACUGGGUUUUAAUUAAAAUCAUCAAGUUGUUUGGUGCUCUGACUCCCUUGGAACCACGGCUGGGAAAGAAGCUUAUUGAACCUCUGACCAACUUAAUUCACAGCACAUCUGCAAUGUCCUUGCUCUAUGAAUGCGUAAAUACUGUAAUCGCAGUUUUAAUAUCCUUAUCAUCUGGGAUGCCUAAUCACAGUGCCAGUAUUCAGCUCUGUGUUCAGAAGUUAAGGAUUCUCAUUGAAGACUCUGACCAAAAUUUGAAGUAUUUGGGGUUGCUGGCUAUGUCCAAAAUCUUGAAGACCCAUCCCAAAUCUGUGCAGUCUCACAAGGACCUUAUCCUGCAGUGUCUUGAUGAUAAAGACGAAUCCAUAAGGCUGCGAGCCCUGGAUUUACUCUAUGGCAUGGUGUCGAAAAAGAAUCUGAUGGAGAUUGUGAAGAAGUUGAUGAUCCAUGUUGACAAAGCUGAAGGAACUGCCUACAGAGAUGAGUUGCUGACAAAAAUUAUUGAUAUAUGCAGCCAAUCCAAUUACCAGUAUAUUACCAAUUUUGAGUGGUAUAUUAGCAUUCUGGUAGAGCUCACACGUCUGGAGGGAACACGUCAUGGCCACCUUAUAGCUGCUCAGAUGCUUGAUGUUGCCAUUAGAGUGAAGGCGAUUAGAAAUUUUGCUGUAUCGCAGAUGGCCACAUUGCUUGAUAAUGCCCACCUUCUAGCCAGCAACACUCAACGUAAUGGAAUAUGUGAAGUUCUUUAUGCAGCUGCUUGGAUCUGUGGAGAGUUCUCAGAACACUUGACAGAACCUCACCAGACACUGGAGGCUAUGUUGAGGCCAAAGGUCACUACUCUGCCUGGUCAUAUUCAGGCGGUUUAUGUACAGAAUGUGGUGAAGUUAUAUUCUGGUAUCCUCCAGCACAAAGAAGGGGAAGGAGAUCAUCAAGCAGCACAGGAGAUAACACAACUUAUGGUUGAGAGGCUUCCUCAGUUUGUGCAGAGCGCUGACUUGGAAGUUCAAGAACGGGCUUCUUGUAUUCUGCAGCUCAUGAAAUAUAUCCUGAAGUUACAGACAAAAGAGGUUCCAGUAGCUGAGGAGGUGAUGGCUUUGUUUGCUGGAGAACUGAAUCCUGUUGCUCCAAAAGCCCAGAAGAAAGUCCCUAUUCCCGAAGGCUUAGACUUGGAUGCUUGGAUCAAUGAACCACCAUCUGAUAGUGAAUCAGAAGAUGAAAAGCCCAAAGCAAUAUUUCAGGAUGAGAAACAGGCACACGGGAAGUCUUCUCGACCAGAAAUAGAUGAAGAAGAGUUGGCAAGGAGGCGUGCUGUACGGAAAGAAGAACAAGCAAACAACCCAUUCUACAUUAAAAGUUCACCUUCCCCUCAGAAGAUGUAUCAAGACUCGCCUGGUGUUGAUCACAUUCCCGUGGUGCAGAUUGACCUGACUGUUCCUCUUAAAGUUCCAGGUCUUCCUAUGUCAGAUCAGUAUGUAAAACUUGAGGAGGAACGACGAUGCAAACAACGUCAGGAAAAAGACAAGAAACGGAAGAAAGUAAAAGAUAAGAAAGGUAGCAAGUCUCGAAGACAAAAAUCUAUUCACACAGAGAGUGAUGAAGAUAUUGCUCCGGCACAACAUGUUGACAUCAUCACUGAGGAGAUGCCAGAGAAUGCCCUCCCAAGUGAUGACGAUGACAAGGAUCCAAAUGACCCCUACAGAGCUCUAGACAUAGAUCUGGACAAACCUUUGGCAGACACAGAUCAACUUCCAGUCCAAAGACACAGAAACACAGAAAAUCUAAAAUCUCCUGAAAAUGAAACUUCCGUUUUAGAGUCAAAGGUCAAAAAGCCCAGUAAAAAGGAUAAAAAACAGUCAGAGACUGAGAGAGUAAAGAAAAAAGAAAAGAAGAAAGGUAAAGAGCGAGAAGAAAAGACAAAGCGAAAGAAAUCGGUAACUAGGGAGGAAGAGGCGUCGAUAAAACCUGAAGAGGAUAAAACGGAUGACAAAGCAACUUCAGAUGAUAUCGAUUUCUGGCUAACUAGCUCCUUGGCCCCAGCACAGGCACAGCAGGGGCCUUCCACUGAGACUGUGCCUGAACCGACUGAAACAAUGGAGGAACCCGUGGAAGCAGAAUCUGUACCAGUAGAAAAAAAUGAAGAAGAUACAGAUAAGAAAUCCCAUCGGCACAAGAAAAAGCAUAAGAAGGAAAAGGAGGAUGUAAAGGAUGAAAAAAAGUCUCGUAAAAAGAAACACCACCACCACCACCAUCAUCAUCACAAUGAGUCUCAUGAAGGUGACCAUACAGAAUCUGUGCAUAAUGGCACCUUGGAUGACGAGGAACAGUUACCACCAAUGUCCAGUUAUUCUCUUUUGGCAGAAAACAAGUACAUCAAAAUGAUGUAUGAUAUUCAAGGGGAUCUACAGAAGGAGAGCCAGGUCACGGUUUCCAUUAUCUUAGAAAACCAGAGUCAAAGUUUCCUGAAGAGCAUGGAAAUCAAUGUUCUAGAUUCCUUAAAUACCAAAAUGCAGAGGCCAGAAGGAGCAUCUGUACAUGAUGGAAUACCUGUACCCUUCCAGUUACCUCCAGGUGUGUCUAAUGAAGCUAAGUUUGUUUUCACUGUUCAAAGUAUUGUAAUGCCUCAAAAGCUCAAAGGGACAUUGUCGUUUAUUGUAAAGGAUGAUGAUGGCUCAUCUCAUGAGAAACUUGACUUCAAAAUCCAUUUCAGUUGUUCAUCAUAUUUAAUUAUGACCCCUUGUUACAGUGAUGCUUUUGCCAAGUUGCUGGAGUCAGGAGACCUUAAAAUGAGUUCCUUGAAAUCUGAAGAUAUAACUCUGUCUUUUCACCACCUGUUAGCAAAAAUCUGUUUCUACCACCACUUUACAGUGGUUGAGCGAGUUGAUUCCUGUUCAUCGAUGUACAGCCGGUCAAUCCAGGGCCACCACGUUUGUCUACUAGUGAAAAAGGGUGAGAAGUCAAUAUCCAUUGAUGGGAAGUGCAGUGAAGCAACUCUCCUAAGCAGUCUUCUCAGCGAGAUCAAAUUGACGCUGGCAGAGUCCUGAGCAAGGGGCCCUCUUAAUCUUUUAAACCUUUCCUUUUUUUUUUUUUCUUUUCCUGUUACCAUAUGAUGCACUUGGACAGAACUAAAAGUGUAAAGACUGACCUGCAAAUGCAUGAUCAAGCCCCUCGUCACCUAAGAAUGCCCAAUUUUACUGGAAAUUUAAUUUUUUUUUUCUUUUUUGCUUUUUCCCUGUUCUUUUGGUACCAACAAUCUAAUUUUAAUAUAAAAUAGUAAUGCUCCUUUGCAGCAAAUAUUUUAAUUAAUACCUUGCAUUUUUGCUGUCCCAGACUCCGCUGAUAAAAUGAUUUAAAUCCAAUCAUCCUUUUUUUUUUUUUUUUCAUUAUGUAUACACUAUCAGUAAACACUAGGGAUUGACACAAAUUGUUUUUGGAUGUUUAUAGGAGCUGCUAGGCUUGAUUUGCAAUCUGUUUGCUUCCUCCAAAAAGUGCUUUAAACAAAGUUUGUUGCCCUGUAACUAAAACAUCCACACUGAGCAUCCUACAAAACAUUCUACUGAACUGCAUAUAAUGGUUUACUUAUGUUAUGAGAUUUAUUUAUUUGGGAGUUAUGUUCACAUUUAAGUUUAAGUGAACCAGUGUUUUUCAAACACCCAUUCAGAGGAUUUUAAAAAUGGAGGAACUUGUCUUUCACUUGAAUGGAUGCUGGAAAGAAACUGGUUUGUUUCAUCAAGAGAAAAGUACACUGCCAUUAGUAAAUCAAUCCCAGUUCUUCUGCUGAUAAAUCAGAGACACCCUGUGCAUCAUUUUCAGUUUUGCAUGGAUACUGGUGAUGAGAGAAUACUUAAUACCCUUUAUUUUGUUUUGUUUAUUCCACAGUCCUACUCAUGUUGGGCAAAGGAUCAUGUGUUUCGUUUUUUUGGUCUCUUGCACAUUUAGUGGGCCAGCAACACAUUCCUAAUGAUAAUUUUGCGGGCAGAAACUGGAAAAUUAAUCUAUUUUCCUUAGUGUGUCUUGUCUGUGUGUUUUUUCUUUUUUUGCCCAAUGUUUAUUUUAUGUUGGCUGUACUCCUAACGAAAGUUAUAUACAUGUAAAAAUAUUGUGCUGUAUAGUCUGUCGAUCCCAAGUUAAAAUGAGAGGCCUUUGCCAUCAUGAAAGCCUGAAUAUCAUAACAAAAGUGCAAAUCUAAAGAUGAGGCUUAUAUGUACUUGGGCCUUUGCAGGCGAAAAAUAUGCUUAAUGUGAAAAACCUGUUUUCCCAUGCCCUUGAAAACUGCAUGUGGGGGUGCAUAGUCAUUCACUUCUAUGGCCAGCUGUACGCCCCAUCUGCAACUCCCCGGGUUUUAAAGUGUUUUUUAUUGCUAGGCUUAGUUUAUGCCUGCAAAUGUUUUUGUGUGUAUGAAGCCUAGAAGUAGUUGUGAUUCAGAACUCAUGUUGGGAUCAGUGGAUAUAACAGGUGGUGCCUUACUUCCUAACACAUUUCCAAGUAGGACAGAUAGUCAUACAAAUGACUGGUAAAUAGGUUUACCUAUUAUGUUGCCUAGGAAAUAAAAGCCCAAGUUUUGUUUUUUUCCGGAAGUUGUUUCAUUUCUUUAUGUACUGCAAAUGUAUGGACUAUUAUACCACUAUACAUGAUAAAGGUGUAAUUAUUUUUCAAUUAAUGAACAUAUGGUUGCAGCAGUAAAAACUUAUACAAAUAAUUGACUUUUGUUUUUAAUAAUGUUGGUCCUGCAGGGUAGGCUUAGUCUGGACACAAACAUCAUAAAUAUGGCACCAGAAAACACUACUAGCACAUUUUAUAUGGUAAGUGUGCAUGAAUAUCCAAACACAAAAUUUUCUUGCAAAAUGCGAUUUGGGAGUAAUGAAACCUCAAUUAAACUUAAAGGUAAACUGAUUCUUAUGUGUUACAAAUCUUCUGUACAAGAAUGCAGUUUUGUACUUUCCAAGAGCAUUAGAAGAUUAAGCAUUCAAGAAUGGUCUUGUUUGCCUACAUGUUGUAUGUAGGCAUUCUGUUGUGGUACUUAUAUAGUAUGUGUCAUUUACCUUUUACCAUGUCAUCUCCUCUCUGCCCUGCUUUUUGGAGCAUUGUGUGUCCAGAUGCUGAUCUCAAAUACCAGGUUAUCUUGAGAAGUUGGUCACGUUUCCAUUAUGUUUUUUGUUCCUUCUAUGUCCCCAGCUACAUUCGCAUGUAGAAAAUCUUCUAUCCAGAACCCUGUUUGGUGAUUUUAGAAGUUUUCAGUCUGUAUGUGUUAAAUUUGCUAUUCACAUUCCCUUAAGGAGGACUGAAAAAAGGUACCACAAAAGCUGCUGUAAUUGUGUCAAGAUGAUCCACAAUAAAAUAUGAAAUGGUUAUGAAA